CAGCGGGGCCAACAGAUAGACGCACGCGUGCUCCACGUGCUGUCAUGGAUGCUACUGGUUGCCUCCGCGUAGUCGCCACGACUGCUCUGUUUCUCCUACCUGGCGUUAGUGGUUUCUUCUCAGUCGUUCCGCGAUGCACCAUAAGCGGCCGGGCCGGUGUUGCACUGCUGUGUUCACGUGCCACGUCGGAUGAUGUCCGUUCUGCCGAGGCCGCCAAGAGUAAGCUCAGGAGUGCGUUGGCAGAGAGCGGAGGGUCUACUCUUGCCGAGGGUGUCGGGGCUGCGGUCGAGGUGCUGGCCAACUUCAACCCCACAUCCUCCCCUGCUAAGGCAUGGCCACUGCACAGCGGAGAGUGGGCUUCCAUAGGAGAGGACUUCAAGGGCACGACUCGCACCAAAGACGGAGUGGAGUGCACCCUAGGGCGGCUUGUAUUCAACAUCUUUGAGCCCGUGAACCUCCCCGUCCGGAUAGUGGCCAUCAAGAAUAUCAUUGGGGACCGCCCCGAAAACGCUGACCCGGCCUACGAGUCCAAUUACGUGAUCUCGACUCGCUGGGUGGCCCGCGACGGGAGCGGGCUUAGGGGACGCGUGGAGAUCUCAGGGACCUGCUGGGAAGACCCUUCCAUCCCGGAACGCGUCUUGGUGCGGUUCUCGAAGGGCUCCAUCGAGCCAGACGAGGGGCAAGACCUCGACGCCUGGCGUAAGGUCAUCGGCGUGCGGGAUGUCGAGGGCCCCAAAGACACAGGGCUGUUGUCCACCCUGAAGGAGAAAGCCGCAAGGUUGAUGCUCAAGGUGGUGUUUGGGUUUCAAGGGCCCGCGGACGACCUGGGCCCUCGUGGGGAACUGUCCUACGAGAUGAAGCGCAGUCCAAAAGGCUAUUUAGACAUCAUUUACCUCGACGAGGAGAUGAGGGUGACGCGCGGGCAGCAGGGCGCCCUGGUGGUCGUUGAUCGUGUUUGAUCUCAUUAGACGACUUGCUACGGGUGCCGGCUUGUGCUAAGUUUUUUUCCUCAUGUACCGUAGACAACAUCCACAACCUUCACAACGGCCCUACUACCGUAUUUGGUUGAUUUUUAUUUUUGACAAGUCGUCGAAAGCUGGACGAUAUUUGUUGCUGUAUUUCGUUCGCAUUGCGCGCUGAGCAGAAGCGAUGAACUCUAUCCGUUUAUCUCCUUCCCAACAUUUCGCCGCCUGACUGUCUUGGGCCUUGUCGCUACCAUUUGUUCGCUUUCCGGUUUGUUCUAUUGUAUCUUUUGUUCGUUUUUGAUGAUUGUUGUGUAGGCAAUUUUCUUAUCUCCCGUCGUUGCCAAUGCAUUCUGCGUAUUUUCUUCGUGUGUGUAGUGCCCUUGUGGGCUUGUUGGCGUUUAGCGCGGACGGCGUCCGCUGCAGUUGGACGGGGGGCGGAUGUUCGGCGGCAAGUGCAGGGACCGUAGCGUUUUUCAACGUUGAAGUUAAUAAGAACAACCUAUUGUCGUCAUACCGUUCUCAAAUCUCCCCCUUGCUCUUUUGAGCCUGCCGACGACGACGCCAAACAUUUGAGCGGGAAGUGUGUGUUCAUUCCUGAGAGAGAUCCUUCUUCACAUUAAAAAACCGUUCCGUUCUCUCUACCCAGCACCUUCCUCUGUCCUGUCAGUACCAGUCUAACACUACGAGGUCCUUUUUUACUAGUCGCAAAAUUGUGCGCUUGAUUCACGAGUGAGAUCGAUCGUAUGGAAUCAAUCGGAACUCAUCUUUGUUGGGUACGGAAGGUUUGAGUCGUGUGUCGUGCGUGAUCCUCGCAUCUCAGGGGCCACGAAAUAUAGUGUACCAUAGCCAUGCCGUGAUCGUUGGGG